CAUUACUACGAUCCAGAGAGUGGUUCAGGAUACCUUGCAUGGAGAUUGAAGACAAUACAAAGAAAAACAGCAGAGGAAAGGGGUGCCUCAGUCAGCAAAUCUCCUAAAGUUGGUGGGCCAGGUCGUGUUCGUCAGCCCUUCACCUUUGACAGAGAGCCAUCUGAUGAGGAUGUGGAAGCAGCUAUUGCCAUUUUGAGACACUGUGCUGAUGAAAAGACUGUCCGUGAGAAGAUGAAAAUGACCUUCAUAUAUCGGCAAGCAAUGGUCAACGAUGAAGCCAAAUCAUCAGAUGUCUUCUCGGUCUUCCCACGAUUUCUGGAGACACCAGGACUGAAAGAACAAGAUUUCAGAUUUCUGUUUGGUGAGGCCACGGCCAACAAAUUCUUGGAGAAGUGGCCAACCACUUUUAAAGCAAAAGUAAUAAAGGAAAGCCAUGGACUUGUACCCACCACAGAACUCUUGGAAUUGAUGCGCAAUGCUGAGUCAGCUGCUGAAGUUGAGAAUGGCUGGGACAGUGACAUGUCGGCCAUCUUGCUGCUGCUACAUCUGCUGCCACCAUCUGCACAAGGUAGAAAGAGGCCGGGAAAGCUUUCUGCGUAUCAAGCUGUAGAUCAGCUCAUCAGAUUUCAAAAGGUUGGAACCAGUGUGCAGCAGCAUCUAGACAACAUCACCCAAAGCAGUCAGCCCUACCUUCUCGCCCAGGGAUCCACACAGAGCACCAUUCACUCCUACUUCAUUGUGGUUGACAAGCAUGCACUUCCAUGCAAGGCAACAGGUUCAGUUGGAGCUUUUGACGAACUCUUUAAAGCCCAUUACGUCUUUGGUACGUCAUACAGUUCUUCCCUGAGCAGCUUUUUCACAUUUGUGCAAACAACCAUCUAUAACAUCGACAUGGGGGAAACAAAGGAGACCCCUAGAGUUGCAGAAUUGCGGGCAAGGAUGGUGCGUUAGUUGAGAUAGAGCUAUGAAGUGUUUUCUUUGCAAAAGUGACCAUGGAAGUCCAAACAACCUUGUUAAGCACUUUAAGGUAAUUCAUGGGCUAUGUACAGGCAGGACUCUUUUUUUGAAGUGUGGACAAGAAGGAUGCUCACGUUCUUUUGGUAGUUUUUCUGGUUUAAGAAAGCAUCUUAAUAAGUGCCAUGGAAGCAGUUUAGUUGAUUCUGUAGAAUAUGAUCUUUCAUAUCCUCAAAGUACCGUCAAUACAAGUAAUGUUUCUCCUGUUGAAGAGUCGACUGACUAUUUAGAGGCUGAGUCACAGUUAUCUUCCCCAUACAUUGUAAAUAGUUGUUCAGCUGUAAUUUCUGAUCUAAAGGCAGCAGGUGUUGGUCAAAGUACACUGAAUUCUGUAGUGAUUUCCAUCGAAGAGAUUGUUCAAGAUAUCCAUCAGCAUGCUAAAGAGACAGUGAUAAAGCAUGUAUUUAGUA